AUGAGCGAUCCGUUUUCCGUCACAGGCAGUGCGGUGGGAGUUGCCUCCCUCGGGCUCACGCUCUGCCAGGGCUUCCUUGCUUACUAUGGGCCCUACAAGGCUUUCAACGACGAUAUAAACGAAGUUCUAUCUCGAAUUCAGAGCCUGAAUCAUAUUUUGCUGCUGCUCCGUGAGCGAUGUGGCAUGCUUUCCUCUUCAGAGGAACCUCCCCUUACUCAACCGGAGGCCCUGGUGACAGACCAAAUAGUGAAUUGUCGCAAGGGCUUGGAGAAGCUACAGAAGAUGCUCGAGAAAUGCAAGGCGGCUUGCCCAUCAGACAGUGAGCAUGCGCCGAGAUUCAAGAACCAUAUUGACCGCUUCAUGUAUCCUUUCCGCCGUGACACGUUAAUGCAACUGAUGGCAACGGUCAGCUGGUUACAGUCCAAUGUUGAUACCUCUUUACAGGUUCUGCAACUUGCGAUGCUCGACACCGGACAAAGAUCAAUGAGUCUGGUAGUGUCCAACACAUUAUCAACUGCAUCAAAUACUACACAGAUACUCGGCGGAAUUGAUCGUCUCCAGGAGAACCAGUCAAGCCUUGACCUGACCAUAGCAGCACUGGCAUCACGUAUAGGUGACAUCGAAACGCACAUCAAAUCUAGUGGUGGGCGACCAAUUAUGGAUCCAGGGCUUUUGCGGUCGCUCAUGGACAACCAGAAAGAAAACGAGGACACUGUUCUAAAUACGAUUGGGAAUUAUAGAAGGCGGCUCCGGUGCAGAGAUAGUUCGGAGGCAGCGACUUCCCAAGACAGGAGAACUGAGGAAAAGUUCGGUCAAGCCCGCCGAUCGUGGUUUCCGUCCAAGAGGCAGAGCCGGGACAUAUUAUCCCUCGUGCAUCGCCACACAGUUUGCAAUAGAUUUCUGAGAUACUCAGUUACCGCGUCAAUAACCGUGACCAAAGGGGCAGGGGGGUUCGCCAUUAACCCUUCUCUACAGUUUCGCGCGGUGGUCCCGAGGGAUGCACCUGCUUUUGAAUUGCUGCACAAUGUUUGUCAUCGGUUGCUCGACACAACGCAUCCGUCCGUCAUACAAGACACCCACAGGGCUUUGUUCGCGUUGUUUGAAGCUCAAUUGGCCUCGCCGACCGAUACCUUGGAGGGUGGAGAAACAUUGCUGCACAGUGUUGCUCAUUUACAAGCUUGGAGCAGGACCUGGGAUUACAAUAUGUGGAAAGAUUGGCGAUGCCUAUUGAGGGAUCUUUUAAGAGCAGGCACACCAUCAGAUGGUCUCGACCACAGGGAUAGAACACCCGUUGAUGUAAUAGUGAGCAAGUACGAGUCUUCCGUAUCUGACUACGAACAGCAGGAUGGGUUAAGGUACAUCACGGAUGUCUGUCGCGAUCUAUUCAAUCAUGGUUCUUGCAUGACAAGCAAUGCCUUUUUUCGACUAGCGCCUGAAGGUGUGGCAGGGGAUUUCCCCUCGUACCUUUACAAGGGGCUCGAUGAUGAAAAUAAGAUAUACCAGACCGGGCUAGGGGUUAUAUGGUCGAUCGUAGCUAAGGCCGGCCCGUAUGAUAUGAACAUUCCGCGCGAGCUAAUUCCCCUCACUUUGAGAUCGAGAGAGGAUCUUCAUUCACUGUUAUUAAUAAGUAAUAACCUGGAUGCAGGCUGGGUUGACUUUUAUGCAGAUUGGCCGGAGGGUUUUGCUCUGCUGCUCGAGCACGGAUAUUUACCUUCUAUCAUCGCUCUAUAUCGAGCCUGCGAUAGACAAUGUGUCCCAAGCAUCAAGAUGAUUCUCAGCUGCCAGGACUUUUCUCUUGGGCGGGACGUGCUUCGGCUUGCUAGCCAUCAGCGCAACUCGCAGAUUCGUGGCCUGAUUAUCCAGGCGUUCGUGCACCGCAGGCGACGCCUCCAGGGACUAGCUGAGUCUCACCUCUCUAUAACCGCCUAUGGUGCCAUUAAGUUUCAACCAGGAGUGCUGUUGAAUUACCAUGCCGCAAGAGCGUGCCAGUUGCUUUCGGCUGCGGGUCUUGACCUUGGAGGCCUGCAAGAGCAAGAGGCGUAUUCGGUCUACUCUAUUAAGCCACGCGGUAUUGAUUUUUGGAACGAGCUAUGGGACCACGGGUUCUGUGAUGUCGAUGAGACUAACCUGGAAGGAAUGACACCGCUCAUUCUGUGUGCAGACCUUUGGCCUGACUUACCGCUGCUUCAUUCCAUGCUUCAAAGAGCAGGAUGGUUGAUAUCUAAGGGGGCUGACCUGUCCCGCAAAGGCCCUCGGGGACCCGCUAGCCAUUACCUUGCUGAAGGAAUGUAUUACGAAGUAGCUCGAGAUCACGAGGGUCUAAGCUUGAGUGAUCAGUGUAUCUCGACAUUUCAUGCAAUACUCCUCGACAGCACCUGCGACGACUGCAACUGCGCUUGUUGCCCCGGAGGGUGUAUCGCGUUCGUUAAAUUGCUGGCUAUGGUCUUUCUUUAUAUCAUGGGUGAGUCCUAUGGGACUUCUCCGCUGUACCAAUAUGCACUAUCAAACGUGUUUGAGAACAUCGCCAGCACCUUCUCGGCGCAAGACGAACGGACCUUUUAUGAUUGGCUAGCGCCCAGGCUCCUUCGAUACCUCACUUUCUGCGAACUGGAUAUCACUCAUACUUGUUCCCUCCCGCGCACGCAGCUGGACCAGAGUCAGAUUGACGAAAUCCAUGAUGAUGAGGCGGACUCCAUUGCCGAGCUUGACUUGCUGGUAGACGAAUUCAUACAAGGAUAUAGUGAGUCCUCAAUGACCUUUCACGAGUUUCUGCGGGAGGUCUGGUCCCCUAGAAUGGAGAGAAUUCUGUCGGAAAUGCCCAGUGAGGAGGAGAUUGUUGAACUUCGUCGACUUGGAGUGACGCCGCGGGCGCCACCGGACCGCGUAUCGUGGAGGGCUCAUCUGUACCCUAGCCAAGGGACUUUGGACUAG